AUGAAACAUCGGACUUUGACGCCUUAUUAUAACACCGUAAUUAAUACAACUCUAGAAUUCUGUAAGUACUUAAAUAGAACAGAUGAGAACGCUCUUACGAAGUGGAUGUUUGCGAGUAUCCUUAAAACAGCUGAGAAAAGAAUUGUACAUCCUUGUCCUUAUUUUGGUCCAAUCAGAGUUUUUAACAUUACAUUGGAAAAUGUAAUGUCUGCACAGUUUCUCAAAGGACAAUAUAAAAUGUCGUUUAAAAUAGUAUGGAUUCAUCAUCAUGAAAUUGCAGAUGGGGAAGCUCCACAUGAGGAGCUUCAAAUUAUGCUGACGCAUAAUUUUAAGUUACUCCGGCCGAUGUGA